CCGAGAUCCGUUGGAACUUUAGUCCCGCCCCGGCGGUAAGGGUUUUCGCAUAAUGUUUGACCGGCUAUUUCAUGUACGGUGCCGCUUUUCGGUACCCAUUCAUCGAGUGGAGGUUGCCUGUGCGCCGGUCUCGCACUCGCGACUAGCCCCACGCCGGUGACACACGAUUCGAAACGAAUAGUGCGAAUUCAAAUAGUGCCUUCCAAUUUUGUUUUUUUUUUGUGUUUUUAUUUUGAAGUGCUCGUGGUUUCAGUUUCCGGCCAGUGAUGAAUAGUUUGAACUGUCAUUUGUUUUCCCAUAAUCAGGAAACCGUGUUUGUAUUUGACGCGUGAAUAUGGACUUGCCUGAAGGAGCUACAUCAAUGCAUUGUUCAUGGAUGUCUUUUUAACUGGUUUUUCCAAAAAGCUUUUGGUAGCUGUAUGCGUAGUACUAGUUGUCGCUAUGUGUCUCACGCCCGUCGAAGCCCGACCGCCACACAAAACAAGACACAACAAAGAAGAUAGAUUAAAAAAUAAGUUAAUGCCAAAAGAAGAAAGAAUGAAGUCCAAGGCGCUGCCAAAGAACGUACCCCUACACACGAUGUUAGCAAGAAAAAUAAUAAAAAAACUAAAGAACACUAGGAGGUUCUUCGAGGACGCGCGACAAGAAGUCAGGGACUCAAUGGAGCACAGAUAUGGGAACCCCAAAUGGUUGCCUAAAGUCAAAUUCACCGAAAUUCAUAACCACACUUACGAAAACUUGAAUAAUGGAAUGUCUAAGAAAAAAUUUGAGUACGUCGUGCCGAAACUGUACAAAAGCUUAGUACAAUUCAAGUUGGUCUGGGAGCGCCUCGGCAACGUCACUAUCACUCAAUUAGACAUCCAUUUCCAGCAGAACUACGCGAAAAAACGCGAAUCUGUGAUUCGUUCGACACUCGAAGAACUUUUCAAACUUCUUACAGAAAUUGAAGAUGACAUGGAUAAAGCAAAUAUCCCUAAACCACAUAUUAAUAUUAACAAACUAAAUCUGGAAGAUUUACAUAAAGACAACGUAGAAACCACUCUCUGUCUUCGACAAGACAUGAUUGCUAUUAGGGCGUAUGCUAAUACAUUGAAGAAGUGGUAUUGGGAACUACGGUGUCCAGACGACUCGAAUCCAAAACUGUCUGAACAAUGCAGAAGAGUUGACCAGGUACUGUUCACGAAAAGAACUCCACAGCGCAACGGCAAUUCUAAACGGCACAGGAGACAAAGAAGGCACCGGCAUUUUAGAUCAAUCCCGUAGUUACAGUUACUCAAGUGUUGCGUCAAGUUGUAACAAAUUUAUUGCAUUCCAAUGAUUUGAAUUCAUCUAAAACUAGACAAACAUGUAUGUUACCCGACGAGUCGAGCCUAGCCUGCGCGACAUGUCCUCGUAACUGAUUCAUGGAAACAGAGUAGUGUGAUUUUUCUAUUUACUGGUUGAUAUUACGGAUUGUUAACCAAUGAUAAUGAGUCAGGACUUUUUUUUAAAGUCAGACUAUAAGUAUUAUAGUUAUGUAAUUUGAACUCUUAGCUAUUUAUUAUAUUACUUAGUAUCUGUAUUAUUUAUUAUUAGAUUUUAGUUUAUGCUCUCUGUAACACAUUAAGCUUUUGUAUAGUUGUUGCUACCAAUUAUAUGACUGCCCAGUCGAGUUAUUGAACAUUGAUAACUUCUUAAAGGUUUGAUACAAUUUUAAGUAAGUAUCAUUUUAAUCAGUAUUGUUCGUCAAUAUUUCGAAACAUGCAGUGAUCGAUACAUGAAAUGGUGAAGUGUUUGAAGUAACGGUUUUGUAAGUAUUGGGUACUUUCUCUGUGAUAUUUAGUAAUCCGUUAUAAGUAAUCUUAAUUUAUUCUAGGUUAAGCACUUUAAAUAAGUUCCUCUUUAUCGUCACUUUCAUAGUUUCUUUCAUUAUUUCAAUUCCACUGUUGUUUUGUUGUCAACUCAUGUUUUUCUACUAAAUUAUUUAUUAUCUUUCUACUUUUCAUAUUUUAAGAUUUCAUUUCUUUCGUUUUUUUAGAAUUGUACCUAACUUUUCAAUGUUUAACGAUCUUAUAUUUAUUUUUAUCGAUAGUAACAUCGGUAACAGUAAAUUUAGUAAUCUUUAUAAGAACCAGUAUUAUGAUUAAAAAUAUAUUAUUAGUCAGAGACUUAACCUCGUAAGGUCUAUUCUAUUUUAAGACCAGUGAAAUAAGGACCCAGUGUCCUGAAAACAGGACAUUUGUUUUUCUUGAUGUUCCGAUAUAAGGUCUGACUUUCUUAGAAAAACCUGCCGCCGUUAUGACUAAAACAUGUGUCCUUAAAAUAGGUCAAUGAGCCUUAGGAGGUUAUGACAUAGACCCCCAAAUAAAUGUAAGAGUAAAUAUUAUUAAAAGAGGAUUGGUAAGAUCUCCACGAACAUUCGUGACGUAAAAAAAUUGUUUUCGAGUUAGAAUCACUUUAUUGACUGUAUAAGUUCAAAACAUAAAUGAGGGCAUCCUACGUAACUGUCACAUUUUUGACGUAAAAUCUAAACUAGGCAGAAUAUUCGUUUUGGUAAAAUAUGAUUCUAAAAUACAUGAUUAGCACAAAUAGUAGUUGCUUAUAGUAUAAUUUUCUUUUAUGUGAUUAAAUAAAUACACAUUCCAGUUGUUUUCUGUGGAAACUUAACGUCAACAAAGUUGACAAAAUAGUAUUAUUAUUGUUGCAUUCUUCUUUUGUAUUCCUCUUUCAUUUAGGUACUAAAGAUUCUUUGACUUUUCAUCCAAGAAAGACUUAUCUUAAGUAAGAGAUUUUGCCUAUUUAUUUAUUUGCUGGAGUGAAUAAACACAGUCACUUUUUUGCGUACUAAUUUAAUAUACUACUUUUUGAUACCUACUUUAUUCGUAGGUUCCAUAAAACUUGAAGUACCUAUAUUCAAUGUUUAGCGAAGCAAUUGCUUUUAUUCACUUCAAUAAAUAAAAAUAAUGGUUAAGCAUAAACUCUAACAUUGUAUGUAUGUAAAUGUGCCGUUAGUUACGUAGUAAAUGAACUGAGUAUUACGAAUAUUAUGUAAAUAAUAUUUUAUACAUUU